AUGGCAGACAUCAUGUCCACAAAUCAAUUAGAAGACAUCUCAAACGCUUUCACCGAAGCUCGCCGCAACUUACAAGACAUCAAGACGGCUCUUCAGCGUAGCGAAACAUCAUCUGCAGCGGAGAGGCAUCGUCGAGAAGCUGCGGAGUUAAAGUACCAGCAAUUGAUCGAGCACUUAUCCGAAGUCCUGCUUACGGACAAUGCCGCUUUCGAAGCAAGUCACAAGAAAAUGGACAAUGAGCGAAAAUCGACUGCUGCUGCUCGGAGGGAAACUGCUGAGGUCCAGAGGAGGCUUGACGAGGAGAGGGCUCGCAAUGACGAGUCGACAGCUAGAGUCGAUCGCUGGAGGGUAGCGUACGAGACCGAGCAGGCCGGGUCGGAAGAGACCGCGAAUUCUCUACGCACGUCAAACGAGCAGCUUGAGCGAGCGCGUCUCGAGAUUCGGACAGCCGAGUCGAUUAUGAUGGAGGCUCGCAGACCGAGGAACGAGACCAUUGACGCACUUUGGAGCGCGAGGACUGAAGCAGCGCAGGAGCUUGAGCGAACCAAAGCCGACGCACAAAAGAAGUUCGACGAUUUGAACAGCACACUCAACAUCGUAAUCAGUAAGGUCCAGGCGCAGCAUCACACGCACAUGGAGGGGCUCAGAGCCCUUCGCCACGAGGCCAGGACUACCGCUCAACUGACUGAAGCCAACCCUCGCACUGUCCGCCACGGACACCAAGCCGAGUUGGCGACUGCCAGAUUUCAGUCGCAUGUAAAUGGGUGGCUCAUUGGUGGUGGUUUUGCGCGCCAGCAGACCCAGCUUCAUGCACGGCAGACUUUCGAGGCUCAGCAGGGUAAUCAUGAGUUCUAUAUGAAUGCUUUGCAGGUCCAGCAUGAGCAGCAUAUCGAGGCGUUGCAGAUCAGUCAUCAGCAGACUAUUAGUGCUCUGCGUACUCGCGAAAAUGCCUACCAAGGAGCUUCUCGUGGUGAGCUCCAUAACGCGCAGAGGAACGAGGCCUUUCACUAUGACCUGUGGAUGAAGGAAAAGGAUCAGACUAUGCGACUUCAGGCGGCGUUGAAGAAGUGCGGCAAUGUUGAUGGAGAUGUUUCUGGUGAAGCAGAGAUCGUAGAUACACUACAGGACCCUGUUGCAGGUCCGUCAUCUCAGCGCUCUGCGCCGAACAACGGGCAGUCAGAACUGGCGACAAGAGACAAGAGCGACCUGGCGCCAACCGAUAAUGGAGAUGUUGAGCCAUUGAAUCUGCGACGUGGCGGCCGCGCUUCCCAUGCUUCCGUAGAAGAUGUCUUUGAGGUGAUCGAUCGCCCGGAUUUGUAG